AUGGACUUCCUCAAGUCUGCCGUCGCAUCAGCCAUCUCCAAGGGCCCUGCCUUCCCUUACUCAUUUGGCGAAAGAGUCGACAUUGAUCAGUCCAUCUGGACUCUCCACAAUGGCACCAAGAGGGAAGACGGCUCUCGAUACAGCAUCUUCUCCUUCGACGUCACCGCAAACAAAUCUCGUCUCCCUCUCGCAAAGAACGCAUUACGCAAGUUCCGCACACUUCGGCACCCUGGUGUAGUCAAGGUCUUGGACACUGUUGAGACAGAUACCUACAUCUAUAUUGCAACUGAACGUAUAACUCCUCUCGGCUGGAAGACAAAGAGGAAUGCCAUCUCCGAGGAGAGCAUCAAAUGGGGUCUACACAAUGUUGCUAAAACACUUGCCUUCAUCAACGAGGAAGCCACCUCGGUACAUGGAUGCGUCCGCGCCUCCUCCGUAUUUACCACCGACAGCGGAGAAUGGAAGCUCGGCGGCCUGGAUGUCUUGAGUUCUAUGAAGGAGGAUGAGGCCGUCAUCUACACAUAUGGAAGCCUGACCCCUGACUCGAGACGCUAUGCCCCACCUGAGGUUGCUAAAGGUGGCUGGGACAGCAUCAAACGAAACCCUGUUUCUGCUGUUGAUUCCUAUGAUUUCGCUAUCCUUGUCAUUGAGGUGUUCAAUGGAGGUUUCUCGAGCGGUGACCAAGUUGGUCAGACAAAGGGUAUUCCUGUCAACAUGCACGGCUCAUACAAACGUCUGGCCCAUGCAAAUCCAAAGACCAGACUCAGCAUCGCUCAUUUCUUGGAGCAAGGGAGGAAGUCUGGCUCGUUCUUUGAUACGCCGCUUAUCCAGCUGACCGAUGGCAUUGACAACCUGGGGUUGAAAAGCGAAACUGAGCGCGAAGAGUUCCUCCGCGAGCUCGAGGCUGUCGCUGAAGCGGACGACUUUCCAGAAGACUUCUUCAGAGUCAAGGUGCUGCCUGAGCUGCUCAAGUCCCUCGAAUUUGGUGGUGGAGGCCCCAAGGUCCUGUCACUUGUCAUGCGUAUCGGCAAGAAACUUUCGGAUGAAGAAUACGAGGCCACUAUCACGCCUGUGGUCGUCAGACUCUUUAGCAGUCCUGAUCGUGCGUUGCGCGUUUGCCUUCUUGACAACCUACCACACAUGAUCGAUCACCUUCCUCAGAAGAUUGUCAACAAUGGCAUUUACCCUCAGAUGGUCACCGGAUUUACUGAUCUCGCUCCGCUUGUCAGAGAACAGACUGUAAAGGCAGUCUUGGUCGUGGUUCCCAAGCUCUCCGAUCGCAUCAUCAACGGAGAACUUCUGAGGUAUCUAGCCAAGACUGCAAACGAUGAACAGCCAGGCAUACGAACCAACACGACUAUCUGUCUUGGAAAGAUCGCAAAGAACCUUGGCGCCAGUUCAAGAACCAAAGUGCUUGUUGCUGCAUUUUCGAGAUCUCUCAGAGAUCCUUUUGUCCAUGCACGCAACGCAGCACUCUUGGCCUUAGCAGCAACAGCUGACUUGUUCUCGGAAGACGACUGUGCGACCAAGUUACUACCAGCAAUUUGCCCAUCGCUGGUAGACAAGGAGAAAAUCAUUCGAGACCAAGCCAACAAGACUCUGGAUCUCUAUCUCCAGCGCAUUCGCAAGUAUGGUCAAACUCUACCUGAUAGUGUGUUGCCACCGCCAGAAGCUGCUGGCUCGAACGCGCCACGCAUGAGUACCCCCCAACCAGGGGCUGCAGGAGCAGGAGCAAGCUGGGCUGGUUGGGCUAUAUCGUCCUUCACCAACAAGCUUGCAACGGCCAGCGGAGAAAUCCAACCCAACAGCAGUGCUGCAACAACAGCCAGCUCCGAUCGACCAUCCUCCACGCCACCGACAAACCCGAGCUCGUCAGCUACUCAGUCUCUUUCUGUUGGGCACAAUCGCCCCACACCAACAUUCUCUCCAUCCGCUCCGACAGUGCCUAGAGUUUCUUCAGGUCUACGUAAUGCGACCCCUACCAUGUCUGAUGUCGACCAAGAAGACUUUGGCGAUGACUGGGGCACGAUGGAUGAUGACGAUGGUGCCGCCGACGCAUGGGGUGCGGUAGAUGACAGCGCAGCGCCCGUGGCGACUACUAAAGCCCCCAUUGCAUCCUUUGACGACGGCGGUGAACCUGACUUUGAAGGCUGGCUGAAUGCGCAGGCGCAGGCCAAGACGAAAGCGAAAACCCCUCUACCUAAAGGUCUUACAAAGAGCAAGCCAGUAUCUGCAGCACCAAAGCCGAGUGUGGCUCGAAGUGCAUCUGCAUCAGUCGCAACCAGGACCAAACCAGUAGUAAAGCCAGCACCUAGCAAACCGGUUAAACCUGCGGCUGCUAAGGAUGAGGAAGAAGAAGACGACUGGGGCUCAGCAUGGUGA